AUGCUGAUAGAAAAAGCUACAAAUCCACAAACCCUAGUACAAUUGAUGCCAUACUCAGGUAUUGUUAAUCCUGAACAUGUAAAUCAAAUGAAUUGUAUUCCGAUGGUAAGUCCAGACGAUGGCGAAAAUAGUGAUCAUGAUCAACUGGAAAGCGUGUAUAUCGAUGAUUUUACAAAAAAAUCACAAGAUUUUCAAAAUAAAGAAAUGACUAAUUCACUGCCUAUUGAAAUUCGUCUCGGUACUGUUUAUACGUAUCAAAAUUCCGAACAGCGAACUCAAUAUCCCAAUAGUCUCUCCAAUCGACUUCUUAGUGUUCAAUCAUUACGCAAUGAAGAACAUCGACCUCGUAACGAAAAAGAUUUCUUCAUUACCUUUAAUAAGAAUAAAGGUGUUAAUGACAUUGAAAUGUUCGAAAACGAACUCAUAUGUGCUGGUUUUCGUGCAACAAACGACGAGCAAACAACACAUCGUUUGUAUUUACGUCAUCAUCAAAAGCGAUUAAUUCUUGAAUUAACUCGCGAUGCAGAUGAUCCGAGCUAUUUCUCAGUUAAACGUCUAUUAAAAUACUCAUCGAAAUAUACACAUAUUGAUGUGGUCAGAUCUAAAGAUAACUCAAAUUAUUCGGACACAUACGAUGACAUAUUUGACAUUCGAACAUCAAUUGGCAAAGCAGAAGAAGAAGAAUUACAUAUCAACGAUGAUUAUUGUAAUUUUAUUCGUAUAAAAAAUCUAAAUCAAUGUGUAUGCGAAAAACAAACACAAAGUGGUCAAAAAAUCUAUCAAUUCAAUCGAAAUCUAUUACGAUACUUCGAUUUUUUUCAAAUAAAACAAACAAUUGUUUACGAUUAUGCAUGUAUCAAUAGUCGAUUUUUUGGCGUUCGAGUUUUAAUCGAACACCAAAUUGGCUAUGAUCUAUGUACAAAUUCGAGAACACAAACGCCAUGUUUAAAAACAAACAAUGUUGUCAUGGCGAAAUUAGUUUCAUCGGAAUUUUCGGAAGCCGAAGCCAAACGAAUUUGGAUGAUUGGCACAUGGCUUUCAGACUUAGCGACGCGAUGCACACGUUCGGAUUUGCCCUGCAGCAAAAUAUUUUGUCGCCAACCCUCACAAACGCCAACUUGUCGACGUGUAGUCAGAUCGACUCUAUAG